AAGAGGUAAUAGAAAAUGUCAGGAAGAGGCAAAACCGGAGGCAAAGCAAGAGCGAAGGCGAAGAGCCGCUCCUCCAGAGCCGGACUCCAGUUCCCCGUGGGCCGUGUCCACAGACAUCUGAGGAAGGGUAACUACGCCCAUCGUGUCGGUGCCGGAGCCCCGGUGUACCUGGCGGCGGUGCUGGAGUACCUGACCGCUGAGAUCCUGGAGCUGGCUGGAAACGCCGCCCGUGACAACAAGAAGACCAGGAUCAUCCCCCGUCACCGCAGAUCGCGUCGCAACGAAGAGGGGG